AUGUCUUUUGCCAAUAUCGACCUCGAAGCUCAAAAGAAGCCUUUGCUACAGAAGGGUACAGCUGAGAGCUAUACUGAGACUAGCGAUUUGGAUAGGAUUAUCGAUAAGACAUCGAAGCAACUACAAACAUUUAAUCAACAAAUUUCACAAUUUGACCAACAGAGGAGACAGUUAGGCUCAAGACGAGAUUGCUUACAACUUCGUUCCAAUAUAGAUGCUUCGAUCGAGCAUAUAAAUGAGUUGUACAAUGCAAUACAACAUUUAAUAUCAAACUUGUCUCAAUUGAUUAAUGUAUCAGCAGGGGACAAAUCUGAUAGCAGCGACAAGGUCAAGGUCAGUAGCCGCCAUAUUGUAAUCAAAGAAAGACUAGUAAGUGAAUUCAAUGAGUUGGACAAAAAGUUCAAACGCUUAGUAAAGGUGUAUCAGGAAAAGAAAAGAGUCACGCCAAUUGUGAGUUCACAAGGGGACCAUAAAGAGACUAAAAAUGAUGAACCGCGUCAAGUACAACAACAAAUACAAUUGGAAUCUGAGUUGGAUCAGAAUUUGGUUGAACAAACCGAGCUACAAUACCAUUUGCAAUUGACCGAGGAGCGGAAUCGAGAAAUUGAACAAGUAACUGAGGGAAUAAUGGAGGUAAAUUCGAUAUUUAAAGACUUGGAUCAGCUUAUUCAUCAACAAGGAGAGCAGCUCAAUACAGUAGAGGACAAUAUUUUACAAUUACAUGGCAAUACACAACAAGCAGACAGAGAGUUAACCAAAGCAAAUAAUUAUCAAAAGCUGAAAGGAAAGUGGUCCUGCAUUUUGCUUACGGCAUUGACCAUUAUAGUAUUGAUUAUAGUUCUUGCCGUGGUCAGUUAA